AUGCCGCUAAAGUCGCGGGUUCUUACCCUUCUGGCCCUGGCAUUGUCGAUUUUCAUUGCUGCCUUGGACCAGACCAUUGUGGCUAGCUCCAUGCCGGCGAUUGCUGAGCACUUUGGCGCAUUGUCUUCAGUCAACUGGAUUGCCACCAGCUUCCUCCUCGCGUCAACUGCCCUGCAGCCUCUGUAUGGCCGCCUGUCUGAUAUCUUUGGCCGGAUUGAGACGCUGGUGGUUGGCCUUGUAAUCUUCCUCAUCGGCUCUGCCGUUUCAGGCGCAGCCGCCACCCUGCCCAUGCUGAUUGCAGGCCGUGCCGUGCAAGGCCUGGGCGCCAGCGCACUGAUGUCCUUGGUGAUGGUCAUUGUGGCAGACAUUACAAUUGAGCGCGAGCGCGGCAAGUUGUCGAGCGUGUUCGGGUCGGUGUGGGCAAUUUCGUCGGUGCUGGGCCCGGUGCUUGGCGGCGUGUUCACUGACAGCAAGGCAGGGUGGCGCUGGGUGUUUUACUUCUCCCUACCCGUCGGCGCCGUUGCAGGCAUCUGCUCGUUCAUGGACAAACUGAAGCGAGUGGACUUUAUCGGAAUCGCCGUUCUGGUUAUCGGCGUCGUGAUGUUCCUGCUGGCGCUGAGCUUCGGCGGCAAAGAGUACCCGUGGUCGUCACCCACCGUCAUCUGCCUGUUGGUUUUCGGCAUCCUGGUGAUUUUGGCUUUUGCUGUGCUCGAGUGGAAGGUCCCUUCCGAGCCUAUCAUGCCCAUGCGACUGUUCCAGAACCGCAAUGUCGGGCUCAUGCUUGUGCUGAACAUCUUCCUGGGUGCCGUCGUAUUUGGCCCAACGUUCUAUAUUCCGAUCUACUUUAGUGUUGUGAAAAACGCCAGCGCCAUCGGGUCUGGCCUGCGGCUCCUGCCGUUUAUGCUACCGAUUACUUUUUGCUCAAUCUUUUGCGGCAUCUUCACCUCAAAGACUGGCCGCUACCGCGAGCUGAUCUGGGUCGGCGGCGCUAUCACCACGCUAGGUAUUGGCCUGCUGGCACUCCUAAACGAGCAUUCGUCGGCGGGUGCCAGCAUUGGCAUCCUGCUUGUCAGCGGCAUUGGCGUCGGGUUCUGCUUGCAGCCGACUAUGAUCGCCCUGCAGACGGCUGCCGAGCCCAGAGACAUGGCUACUGCCACUACCCUUUUCGUGUCGGUGCGCACACUGGGCGGCACCAUCAGCCUGGCCAUCUUCCAAGCAGUGCUGCAGAAUGCGAUCAAACCCAAGCUUCUUGUGCUGUCACAGCAGUUCCCUGAGUAUGCAGCACAUAUUGCUUCAACUGUUGACCGUCAGUCGAACAUCUACAGCCCUGGUAUUCCUGAAGACCUGCGCAACGACAUUGUUGUUGCCUAUGUUGAUGCACUGCGCCUGGUGUUCUAUGCAAUGAUUCCUUUCGCUGCUAUGAUCUUGGUAUGCACAUUGCCGGCCAGACAUGUGCCGCUGAAGACACAAAUGACCAAAACUAUUUCCGAGUAA